GACAAGACAGUUAAGACAGAAUUUUUAUGAUGGAAAUGUAAUUGUUUGCGUCUUGUCUUCUCAAUUAGAACUUAGUUAAAUCGUCUCAAUUUCGCUCAUACUGAUUAGCCUGGCAUCUCAUUUUCAGCGGUGUUUGAUUUGGCUGUGGUAUCAAUUUCAAAGCAGAAUGUCAAGUUCACUGGGAAUUUCAAAGCAGAAUAGCUCACUGGGAAUAUCAGGUGAUCUUUUCAGUGUUAAAAUGGCGUCAGGCGCGUGGCAGGAGCAGCUGAUGAAUGCCAAGAUUACAUGUCUGAAUCAAGACAACAAACUCAAAGCACACUUUCAGAUCGAUGCCAGCACAGAAAUGGCAGAAGAAUACGAUGCCAGAAAUGGUCUGCUGCUGCUUCGCAAAUGGAGGAGGAAAAGUACUCUUGGAGGUGCUCCGAGAGUGUGGGAUUACGAAAUAGGCGAGGACGCUCUUAAGUCAGUCGCUUCGGCCGAUCUGCCGGGUGGAAACAGUCUAGACCUUUACGAGAGUAACUCGAAUCCUAUCUGUGUGGCCAGAAACACAAAGGACAAUUUCGAAUGGAGAAUCCGCAACCUGACUUACCCCCUAGAUAUCUACGAUGUGACAGUUAAUACAGAAGAGAACAAAAUAAUAGUGAGAACUAGCAACAAGAAGUACUUCAAGAAACUUUCAGUGCCCGAAAUGGACAGACUCACUCUGAAGUUGAACCCUAGUAACCUCAGAUUUGCACAUAGUAAUAACACCUUAGUGGUGCAUUAUCGGAAGCCAGCAGAAGUCUUAGAGCAUGAAAAGAAAGUGUAUGCAAAGCUAAAGAGUCUUCCAGCGGCUGGUGACGCAGCCGGCGGUGCUCCCGGUGAUUGUGCACAGCAGUAGUGUAACUAAGUUGUAAGCUACUUGGGUCUUUGAACUGUUGGCUCUGAACGAGGUUGUCGAUGAGGCGGUGUCAGAUAUAUUUUUUACACACGCCAGCUAGACCGAGUGUAGUGUUGUAUUACGGACUAAAUUUUUAAUUACCCAACUUGCAUUAAAAAGUUCUCAUUUAGACUCGUAGUCUCCAGAUCGGUGGUUCAAUUCCGGCAGAUGGCAAGUUUUCAUUAUUUUUUCUCUUUUUUUGGGUUUUCUUUCCUCGCUUCUUUUGCCGUUUUCUCGCUUGUCCGCGAAAUUAAUUUUCUUUUCUGUGCUGCAAAAUAAAACCACUAGGAGAAAAAAGUUCAUAGAUAAUUUCGCGUUCGAUUUUGACAACAAGUCACCCAUUUUAUUGCUUUAUCGUAGAUGCUUGCUGAAUCGUUGUGAAUCUUUUGGGUCUCCCAGUGUAACAUAGAGGCGCGUUUUAGUCCAACAAAUAUGUCGCGCCACAUCCAAUUUAUGGGUUUUCACAAAAAGUGCGUUUUUGGUGUCCUCCGUCCCUACCGGGAGCUAGUGUUUCUUUUCCCCAACAAUAUGAAGACUUUUAAACCAAAAAUUAUCUUGUUCAUACCUCUUUGUAUUUUUUACUGAAAUGCGCAGAUGUUCUCGCUUCACCUAAUUAUUCCUUAUUAAGAGUCGAUGUCGAUAAACGUAUUGAAGAUUCUUAUAUAAGGCGUGAUGAUUGUUUAUUAUGAUUUUUUUUUCGGGAAAAUCUUAAGUUUGAUUUUUCUCAAAUUUGGAUUUUCGUGGUUUGAAUUUUGGCUUUCAAGUUCAGUUCAUUUCCAUUGUUAAAACGAAGCCAAACUCCACUAUCGAACAGCAAAGCGGCAAUUGCUGGCACCCAGAAAUUGGUGAACAACCUUGGUGAAAUAAAACUGAUUUGAUUAUCAGGCAGCUGCAACGGAAAAGGUGACGGACUUCUAAUUUUAUCAAAAAAAAGUCUCAAUAAUAAAUUGUUCUUGAGAUAUUAAAAGAGCUUUUAAACCGUGCCCAUAUAUAUUUUUAUUUUGAACUUCGAAGGUUUGUUUGCUUUUUUUCUGUUUCCUUGCAUUCAUUGUAAGUUGGCUAAGUUUUUAAUUUCGAAAGGCCGGAUCAUAGUGAGUCAUAAAUUUGAAACAGUUGUGACCGAACGCAACAGAUCAUUUGCAACGACCGAAAAAAAACGGUCAUUUCUGGCGCGUUUUUGCGGCUACUUUAAUUAAAUUAAUCGCGAUGCAUUUUAAGUUCAAUUUAGCGUUUUUCUUCAUAUAGCCGGCGUGUCACUGCUGUAACGUACGGUUGUUCUUAGUCAAAUUGAUUUGAUAUCAUGAUGAUGUAAAUUGUAAAGUUGUAUAUUGCAUUCAGAUAUUUUGUUUUCUCAA